ACGGAAUUUAGAACGGAAUUUAGAACGGAAUUUAGAAAGUUCCAUUCGCACCAUAAACUAUCUAUUGAUUUUUUAAGCUCUUAAUUUUUAUGCACUGAGCUGCAUAACGAUUUGCGUUCAAGAUGAGCGGUUUAAAACUGUCUAGAGCGUGCUGUAACUUUUUAACAGCACAAGUCCCUGAUGCUGUGUUAAACACUGAUUUUACAUCUGAGAAGGUUCCUUCUGCAGAAGCCUACUAUGGGGUUCUGCUUUUCUUAGAUAUAUCUGGAUUCUCCAUGAUAACAGAAAAGUACACGGCGAUGCAUGAGCAAGGGCAUGGAGCAGAUGAGUUGACUAAUGGACUUAACUGCUAUAUCAGCAAACUGGUUGAAUGUAUACUUGAGGAAGGUGGCGACAUUCUGAAUUAUGCAGGUGAUGCGAUUUUGGCUCAAUGGGUGAUUGCGGGGAUGCAGGCGAGUGAUGUCAUAUCUCUGGCUGUCAAAUGUGCCUUGAAAAUUCAGAGCAAGUGUGGCGUUCAGGAGAUGAAAUAUGACUGCAAGUUACGUGUCAAAAUAGCCUUAUCGACUGGGAAACUCUCCAAAAUAAUAGUGGGAGAGAAAUCGAGGCGUUUUUUUGCCGUCAUUGGCCCAGCUGUGGAUGAGGUGCGAUUGACUGAGCCUCUGGCAAAUCCUGGGGAUAUUAUUCUCUCACCUAAAACGUGGAACCUCUGCACACAAGAGAAACUGGUCAUUCAACACAUUGAGAAUAACAAAGCUGUCAAGAUGCUCCGUUUCAAGAAAGAGCCCAGGUUCUCGGUGGAAAUGUACCGUCAGAUGCUGAACAGGGACAAGAAAAUCCCUGAGAAAAGUUACCUUAGAUCAGCAUUCCAAUCAAUGCCUGACAUGGAGAAAGAGAAAUUCCUCAGGAAAUAUAUGAUGAAAACGGUCUUGCAAGACAUUGAUGAUAACCAGCCACCAGAUUUAUCAUCUGAGAUACGGCCUGUGACCAUCAUGUUCAUUAAUAUGGAGUAUGUUUCAUCUUAUACUCCGACAGAGCUGUGCGACUUUGUUCAAGAAGCCACCGUCAUUAUCAGCAACAAGCUCUGUCCCAAUGGCCAGAUCAACAAGAUAUUCUUUUUUGACAAGGGCUGUACAUUUCUCUGUGUAUUCGGCUUACCUGGGUAUAAAAGAAAGGAUGAGAGUGCUCUCGCACUGCAGGCUGCUGACAGUAUAAGCAAGACCUGCCGGAAAACGAUGAAGCAUCUAAAGACUAUCUCAAUUGGUGUAACUACAGGUUUAGUGUAUUGCGGUGUGGUGGGCCACCAAUUGAGGAAUGAAUACACAGUAAUGGGAAACAAAGUGAAUCUGGCUGCCCGGUUGAUGAUAUACUACCCGGGGAUUGUAUCAUGUGAUUGGGAGACCAAGAAUUACUCUGGUCUGCCUUGUUGCUGCUUCAAGGAGGAGAUCGAGAAAGAUCUGAAGGGUGUGAGUGACCCAGGGAAGAUCUAUUACUUUAAGCCUAGAUGUCAUCAAAGGCAUGUUGAAGCAUCAGUGGCAUUAGAGAUGGAAAAGGACAAUGUGGUUGGGGACAUGCAUCGCACUCUAACUGAGCUGAAUGUAUUGGGGGCAGCUGAGGGGAUGACAGUAAAGCAUGCUGCCUUCCUUGGCCACACCUUCACCACUGAGAUGCUGCUCAACAUCCUGCCCCAGCCAUUAAAAGAGAAACACAACGACAUCCUAAUGACACUCUUCAAAUCGGGCGUCUUCAAGUGUGCCUCCAAGCCGACAAACGUGUCACCAGCCAAAACUGAAGAGACAAAGCUCAUCUGUUACUGCGAGAGCAAUGCUACAGAUGGACUGACCUCAGUAGCUGGUGUGUGGAAAUGCCAGCUGAUGUGUUUCUGCAAAACUAUAGUAAUGGAUAUGACCUAUCAGCAGUUGUUGAAGGAGCAGAAGCGACAGCUCCACAGAAUUUGUGCCAGCUACCUGGAGAAAGAGGCCUACCGCUGCGAUAAAUGUGCCACCGACACUAAAAACACCCUGCAGAAAAAUGUCCUGCACCCGAUUGCAGGAAAUGGUAAUGAUAGAGAGAACCUCCUGGGCAAGGUGGACUUGAUAGUGAAGGAAGAGCAGACCAGGACAACUGCAGGCUGCAAGUGCGCUCAGCUAUUGGAGACAGUGCUCAUCCCUAUAGUGAGACACUGGAAUGGUGUGGGAAACAUGUCCAGGGCGUUUUUCUAUCUGGUGGAGAGUGCGACUGUGUGUGCAAGUCUUUCUGAUGACCUCAAGGCAAUGCACUAUUUGAUGGAGGCUAAAAGAAUUUUGGAAAACCUAAACGAUGGGAAUCCUACAUUUGAGUCAGUGGACCCUGAAUCUCUUAAAAUCUGUAAAUUUGACCAAGCCGUUAUGCAUCGGCUCACAGGAGAGAUUCUGUUUAAUGCAGGCAACAUUUUGGAGGCAGAGGAGAAUUUCGAGAAAGCCUUGAAGCUUCUUAACUGCAGCCUCCUCAGCAAUGGUGUUGCAGGUUCCAUAAAUUUAAUUUGUGAGAAGAUCAAGGAAUACUGCUAUCCGUGCAGAAAUUUCGAGACCCCAGAGAAGAGGAAGCUAGAAAUUCUGCAUGAGCAGAUCUCUUGUCUGUCCUUCCUGUGGCAAAUCAGCUACAUCCGAGGCCAGUCCAAGAGUGCCUCACUGGCCAUCUCUAUGCAGGGCAACUUGGCCACUCGGAGCAGCGAUAUAUUUGAGAUGCUCUUCUCCACCACUGACUAUCUCCAGUACAGUCAGUUUGUGAGCGAGGAUAGGGUGUGCAGGAGUCUUGAAGCCUGGCUGUGCAGGAUGUGCGCCAGACUGUCUGACUGCACUGAGAGCAGGAGGCUGAUCGGCCAUGUGACUCGCACCCUUGCCAUGGUUCAGCUGCGCACAGGAAACCUGAAGCAGUCCAACGAUUUCACUAUUGGAGCUCAGCAGUUGGGUGGACUUGGUUUUGACGCGAGGGCCAUUGGCGUGUUACAUCAGGCUCUGCUCUUCACUGGCAGAUACAAGGAGAGUAUGCAGCUGAUCUGUAAAUUGGAGAGAAUCAGCAAUGAAAUGUCCAGCAGCAUAGCUGAGGGCUGGUUUUAUGCUGCCUGCUUGAACCUUCUGCUGUAUGCUGGCUUUUCACUGAAACCAUUUGAUGAGUGUUUGGACUUUGUGAAAGAGUGUCAGCCAGAUGCGAACCUGGUAACCGAUAAGAGUCUGAUGAUGCAGCUAUACUCUUCACUCGCUCUGUGGUAUGCACGGCUGAACGAGUGGGAGAACUUUGCAGUCUACUACGAUAAGGUGUUUGGACUGUACAGUCAGCUUCCUGCAUCCAUCCACUCCAUCAGCAGUGUGACUGUGUUCCUAGAGUGCAGCGUUCUGUUGGCCAAGAAAGAGCUGGCUACACCCGGCCAGAAGGCCUGCAAAAGAACACUGAAGCUCUUUUCAGACUUCAGACAGCGCUUUCGUGGAGACCACAUCUUCGCCCCUCGUGUGCUGCACCUAAAUGCUUUCCUGUACCAGCUGCUUGGCAAGAAGACGCUAGCAGAGGACAUCCUCAUGGCCGCUCUGCAGCUGUGUGAGAAACAGGGAAACCUGUUGGACCACAAACAGAUCAAGCAGAGUCAGGCCACAUGGUUUGGUGCAUGCAGUCAGACUCCAGCUGAUUGCUCUGCAGACAUUAUGACCAUGUCCUGUUGGCAUAUGGAAGCAAUAUUUAAGCCUGAGGAGUUUCAGUAUUGUUUUGAUUCAAACGUCAUUUCAGAAGCGCAUUCUGAGUCCUCGAGUGAAAGCAAUAAUGGCUACAUAUCAGGUGAGCAUCCAUCCCAGGAGAGCAUCACAGACCAUGUUCAUCAGGAUCAACCUGACCAGCCAGAGCCCCAGAAAAUUCAAGAUAAAAUGCCAGCUGUGGAGGUGGUGGAUAUGGUGUUUGCGUGGCACUGCAAUCCUCUGUUUUGGCUGGGGAUGACACUGGAUGGGUCCUUCUCACAGCCUGAACUAAUCUAUCCCGUAGGAGGAGCCUGAUGGUCCCCGCACACAAACAUACAGUGCAUCCGGAAAGUAUUCACAGCGCUUCACUUUUUUUCCACAUUUUAUGUUACAGCCUUAU